UAGUAACAGGACCCGAUGCAAUACCGCAAACUAAACCAAACGCAUGACAUCCAAGACACGCAUAUCAAUCUCAACAACUGGAAUCUUAAAGUCCAGACCUGGCUGAGAGGGCAGAAAAAUGAAUAAGAGAAACUGUUCAGACUUUUAAACGCCAGCACCGAUCGGCAUGGCGAACGCAGCAGCAGUAGCACCGGCGAGGGUGCCGACCCCUCUCCUGCAACGAAUGAAAACCCCAGCGAAGGUGGCCACCACGAGCGAACCCCAGAGUGCAGCAACGACGACCCCGACGACAACGGCCAAGGACACUCCAGUCAAGACGCAGCAGCCCCGACGAGCCGCGACAGCGACAUCUCGCACCGCGCCGGUCGCCAACGACCCGCUUUCGGAGCGAGCAACGACGCUCUUGAUCCGACGAGCGCUCUGCCCACAGCAGCAGCAGCAGCAGCAGCAGCAUCAACAACAGCCGCACCACAACCCGAAACAGCCGCCGCCCCCUAUCGAGUCGGUGCUGCCGCCUCUGACGAGCCGCAACGAUGUCGACCUGCAGCUGUACGCCAUCAUCGCCAUCGUGCUCCGCGAGUUCGUUCAGAACUGGUACGCCAAGAUCACCCCCGACGAAGACUUUGUGGCCGAGAUCCUGCUCGUCAUUGCGCACAUCACACGGGCGCUGGAGCAGAGGAUCAGGAAGGUCGAUCUGGAGAGUUUGUUGUUUGAUGAGCUGCCAGAAUUGCUCGAUAGGCAUGUUACAGCGUAUCGGACGGCACAUCAGCCAAUAGUGCAACCCCCACUCCAGGCCAACCCUCGGGAGAUUUACCAUUCGCUGUGGCCGACGCCCGCACUGUCUCCGACGCCUAACCAGAAUGGGAUCGAGUCCGAGGAACGCCUGGCUGAGAACGAGGCCGCAUAUCGUCACUUAUUGGUUCAAGGGGUUCUUGCGGUCCUUUUGCCCACGGAGGAUCUCGAGAAUCCGUGUUUGACGGCGCUGGUUGGGCAAAUCAUCGCGGAGCUCAUUAUUGGAGGCGUGGUCGCAAAGAAGGCAUCGGAGCCGUGGAUGUUGUACGAGGGCUUCUGCAUCUUGGCCCGUGUGGCGGGUAGGAAGCCAAGCUCGCCAUCCCCUGAUAGCAGGACCAUGGUUGAUGACAUGCCGCCGCUGACGAAAACAUCUAAACCAAGCUGGGCACAUUCACUCCGGCAGUUGUUUUGGUCUGCAGUGCAGCUAGGCAUCCUUGCGUUCACCCUCAUGCGCACUCUAAUAACCACCAUAACAACAUACCGCUCAGUACCCUCCCGGUUGGGAGCCGCCAGUGGGUGGUCGGUUAAAGGGGUGGCACUCGGCCAAGGUCCAGCAGCUGAUACUGAAAAGUCGUCAACACCUUACGAACCCCUGGCGCAUAUGAGCACUAAUAAGGUGCCGUUGUUAGCCUUCAGGAUUUGGCCGACAUUAUCCAAUCUCAUCGAGUUGGAUUCGCGCAUGCCUUGGCUGAGUGGAGGCCUAUCGCUACUUCAGUGGCUGGCAAUGACGGGUCCUGGCCAGUUAGCUGGUCUAGAUGGCCCUGUUGACAGGCUCCUUUCCCAAGCUAUCGCCGGCCAUGUGCUGGACCCCAGCCAGUUCCCCACUAUCCUACGCACCCUCCGCGGCGUAUUGUUCCCCAACAACGCCAUGGGGAAGUCGUCUUUGACCCCGCCAGCCAACGACGAGGAGCUACACCUUCUGAGGCUCCGCUGCGCUGCUUCGCUGUAUGCUCUCAUCCCAAGGCCGUUGGCCAAGCUGUAUUUUGGCAAAAGUGGAAAAUCGAACGUUGGCGGCGGCGUCGACAGCAGCCGACCCCCUACGCGGUCCGUACCGGUGGCCAAGUCCUCCUCACCGCCCCAGAAGACCUGCUCUUCAACAGAUGGCCCUCGUGACCGUCCCACGGGCGCUACGAUCCCUGCUCGUGCAUCAGCAUCGGAAUCGAGAGCAGCAGAGACCAACCGGGCUGCAGCCCCAACGGGCUACGGUCCACCGCUCGGUCAUUCAGACGCCGAGGAUGAGCUCGCAGUGGCCGAGCUCGAUGCGGAUUUGUUGGCCGUCUUCUCUGACGCAUAUUGCAACAAGCAUCUGAUGUAUGGCAUCGUCGAGUUGAUCCUCGUGCGUCUCGUGCCUGAACUGGCGGAAAGGGGCGUCGUUGAACUCUUGGGCGAGCGUUUGAGCUAGCGGAGCGGGAGGCCUGCUCCGACAUCGGAUUGUAGAUAACUUUCCCGUACAUGUACUGAUUGCUUCCUGAUGAUUAUGAUACCACAAUAAUAUUGUACCUCGACGUUCUCCUGUCUUCUCUCCCUGUACUUGGGGGCUGUCAGAAAGUAGUGGGACCCAACACUCUCGUGUAUGGUUUCUGCUUGUCUAGGCUUCAGGUGGAGUGUUUUUGGUCCUGUGCAUUUAGGCUCAGGGUUUAUUGAGUAAUUAGCAGCAAAUAUUCAAUGGGAGCAAAUGAAACAUCCUUGUAAGUUC